CCCGAUAUAUAGGCAGGUUGAGAAACAUCUGCCCCAGCCCGACACAACCACCUCUGCAGGGCUGAACACACACGCAGGCUUCAGGCAAACCCAGGCAGGAUCAGGAAAGUGAUUGACGUUUUCCAGAGAUGGGCAAAUCACCGGCACUCCUCUCCCUGAUCUGUUUCUUCCUGUUAGGAUCGUCACUUGGUCAGUCAUCCAGCGGGCAAGGAAAAGGAGAAGGAAAGGGCAAGUGCACAGGCUGGGAGACCAAGCUUGCUGGAAUGCUGACGGCGCCCAUAGACUUCCCACAAUUCCUCAAGGAUAAUGCUCAGAACCUUCCCAAGCUGUCGAGCUCCUGCGUGACGUCCUUCAACGCGUCGGCUAACCUCACCGCUGUGACUGAACUAAUGAAAGUCUUGAACGUGCUCUAUGACCAGCUGAAUGAGGGCACAAGAAAGGCUGUUUAUAUGUGGGUGGAGACCGUCUUCAUGAGCUACCAGGCCAAGAAGCUGGUGAAGCCAGAGGCCACUGUGAACCCUAACCAGCUGAAGCCCGGGGUAACUGCAAAACCUGAUAAUUCAAAUAAUCCCUCUAAGGCCAACGAGAAAGACCAGCAGUCUAGCGCCAGUGGCCAGGGUCCCAGACUCACCUGGUACAGGAACCAGAGCAGAGCCCGGAAUGGAGUCUACCAGAAACUUCUGAAGUCAGUGGAUGCCAAGAACAUCUCAGCGGAUGACCUGAAGAAGCUGGGACCUGCGGCCGCCGGUCUGGGUGUGAGCCAGCUGGGGAUGAUGUCCAAGGAGAAGGUGAAGGAGUCUCUGUCCGUGCUCAGGGACAUCAAGGACUGGUCCAGCUCCCAGAAGAACGCCAUACUGGAUAAACUCGGAGAGGUAACUGGCAGCAAUCUGACAGAUCUGGGGUAUUUGGCCAGUGCUCUCAAAACCACAACCAUAAAGAAGAUGAACGGCAAGGACCUCCUGGAGGCCUUCAACAAAUCCAUGGAGGUCUCUGACUCCACCAACGCCAUGAAGCCAGUCCAGAAGAAAGCGAUUAUACAAGAGGUGCUGAAGGAGAAGCUUAUCAGCGAGGUUCUGAAAAACAUCCCCCCUGGCCUGCUGUCUGCAAUCUCAGCCACCACCCUGAAGAACGCAUCAGACACUAGCCUGUCACUUGACUUCCUCAAUAAGUCUCUGCCUUGGAAUAAAGGCCAGGCCUUAGUCAUCAUCAAGAAGAUUAUAAAGAGCCUGAAGAACAAGGAGGACCUCAGCAUGCUGACCACUGCUGUGACUGGCUUAACCUGCGGCGACAUCCGCAACAUGUCCCUGGACAGCCUCCGGACCCUCGCUGGGAACGAGAACCUCACCCGCGACCAGGUUAACUGCGGAAGCAAAGUCUAUUUCCAAACCCUGAUGAAGGCCCAGAACUUUUCCACUUUAAAUAACACUGACAUCAGCCAGAUACCUCCCAGCUUUCUACUCUACUCUCCGAACUUCACAGACCUGAUGAAGUGGAACGGCUCUUUCAGCUGCUCCUCUGUGGUGGCCGUGCUAGUCAAGGCCAAUCCCCAGCUUCUCCCCAUGAGCUCGGGGAGGAGAAGUGAAGCCCUGAAAUACAUCAAGACCUGCUGGGGUAUAUCUGAUACCAGAACUCUUACAUCUGACCAAGUGGCAAACCUGGGUCUUGCCGUUUGUUUCUUCAACGCUGAGGACAUCCAAAACCUCAACGACACAGUCUUUGUGAUGGCUGUAAAAGCACUGGAGAAGUGUGGCAAAUUCAAGCGAGAGGUCAAGGACAGCCUGGCGGCAAAGAUAACGACUGUCUAUGGAGACGCCUCAAACUGGACCUCCGAUAAUAUCACUGAGCUCCGGUCCCUGCUGUCAGUGUUGGAUAGGAGACAAAUGAAAAUGAUCAAGACCUCGUCUGAGAUGGUGGACAUCCUGAAAGGAAUUCUCUCCAGCGUCACGAAACCAGUGGAUUUCGUGCCCCCCGAUCUUGACUUCACCCCCGAUAUGUCUGGCGUGACGGAGGCCUUCACCAACAUGGUCCUGAAUCCCUCGAACCAGACCAGUGCCCGCAGGAGAAGGAGAGAAGCAUGCACCACAGUUCCAACUGAAGACCAGAUCCGCAAGCUGGGCGAAGGCAGUGUCGUCUUCAGUGCCAGUGACCUGAAGUGUAUGACCACAGACACCUUCAAGAACACACUGGACAUCCUGGGGUCACUGAAAGCCCUGAGCAAGGAGCAGCUGGACGCCCUAAAGGCCAAGGCUAUAGAGGCAUUUGGAAAUGAAACCGUCAAGUACAUCCCCAGCCUGAAGAGGAUCGUGCUGGCUUUCAGCCUGGAAGAUGUGGGCAAAUACUUCGUUUCUCCGAACAUCGACAUGCUGGCGGCGGUGGGGGAGUACAGGGACUGGCUGAACGGGACGCUUCUGCUCCAGGCCCAGGCCAUCGUGACCAACUUCCUGAAGAACUCCUCGGCGGGCUCGCUGGACAGUAGCAGCCUCGUGGGCCUGGGCUACUUCCUCUGCGUCUUCCCGCCCGAGCAGGUGAAAAUGCUCAACGCCUCCGAGUUCAGGAAUGCGGCGAGGAGCAUCGGGAAGCUGGGCUGUUCCAGCAGCUCCCUGGCGGCGCUGAAGGAGAAGGCCAAGGAAGCCUUCGGACCUGUGUCCAGCUGGUCCGAGGAGCUGCUGCAGGAGCUGGGCACCAUUUUGGCGGGCCUGAACACCAGUGAGAUCUCCACACUGCCCGAGAGCGUGAUGUCAUACCUGACCCCACAGGCUGUCUCCCUCCUUUCCAAGAACGUCUUCAGUGGCCUGACGGUGGGACAGCUGAGGAGCCUUGGCACAGAGAACUACGCGGCAGUGUCCCUGGAGCAGAGGCAGGGCCUGAGCCUGGAACAGCUAAGGGCUCUGGAUGAGAACUCGGGCACCAGGGACAGCUCCUCCAGUGCUGCAGGUGCUACAGCCCGAAAUAUCCCCAUGUUCGCAGCUAUCCUCCUGUCUCUGGUGGCCCUGUCCGUUUUACACUAGACAGGCGGUCAGGCCAUUGAAGCGAAGUGAAGAUUUCAGAGGCACGCCAUUCCGCUAAACCAGGGGUGGGGAACCUUUUUUCUGCCAAGGGCCAUUUGGAUAUUUAUAAUAUCAUUCGCGGGCCAUGCAAAAUUAUCAAUUUAAAAAUUAGCCUGCUAUAUUUGGUCAAACAUUGAAUUAACUCACCCCUAAUGUGAUAGUGAAAGCGGCCUGUUGUGAUUCCAAACUCCGCUGAAGAGCAUUGAUUUUAUCCAGACGCAUUUGGACUCCCAAUUCAUUGAGUUUAGCAUCUGUAUUGACCAGAAGUGGCUUUUUUCAUUACUGCCAGUUUGCCUUUGACUUCAACCAAAAAAUAAUCAUUCGUCCAUUUCUCUUGGAAAGAUCGACACUCUGCAUCAACUUUUUUUUUCUUUGUAGUCGCCAUUUGUAGGAUG